GGCAGCAACAAUCCAGGAGGAGUCUGACGGCGCGGCAGGACAAGGCACGGCAAACCUGGGAAGUCGGUGUCCCGCUGUUUGCCCGCACGUUAGCUAACCUCGCGCUCUCCCUUGGAUAUUACCGACAUACACGCAGCGGAGAGGCGAUCAAAUGAUGGCGACGUUGGGACCGGAGUCGGCUCGCCCUCCUCUUGCCCCUCUUGGUUCUUCUCCGUCGAUUCAGUCUCACAUCGGUAGCGCCAACCUGCCUCCAAACCGGGGCUUGGAGCGGGCGCUGGAGGAGGCGGCGGCUAGCGGUGUCCUUAACCUUAGCUGCCGAAAACUGAAGGAAUUCCCACGGACAGCCGCCAACCACGACUUGACGGAUACGGUGGAGGCAGACCUUUCAAAGAACAGAUUGACUGACGUCCCAUCAGAGGUGUGCCACCUGGUUGCCUUGGAGACACUAAACCUGUAUCACAACUGCAUCAGGACCAUUCCAGACAGCAUCAUCACCCUGCAGUCACUCACAUCAUUAAACCUCAGUCGUAACCAGCUCGGCUCUCUGCCGGCCUGCCUGUGUGGUUUGCCUCUGAGAGUCCUCAACGCCAGCAACAACAAGCUGGUCAGCCUGCCGGAGACCAUCGGACAGCUGCAGAGCCUCAUGGAGCUGGACAUCAGCUGCAAUGAGAUCACAGCUCUCCCGCGUCACAUCGGCAGACUCAAAGCACUGCGUGAACUAAAUGUACGCCGAAAUUUACUCUGCGUCCUGCCAGAAGACUUGGCUGACCUUCCUCUGGUGAAGUUUGAUUUCUCCUGUAACAAGGUGUCCACCAUCCCAGUGUGUUACAGAAAGAUGAAGCAGCUCCAGUCGCUUCAGUUAGAGAACAACCCCCUGCAGAGCCCACCUGCACAGAUCUGCAUAAAGGGUAAAGUUCACAUAUUCAAGUAUCUGACCAUCGAGGCAUGUCGUAGCGAGAAGAUGACUGACUCUAUCUACCAUGUCAUGGAUCGUAUCAGCCCAUUGCGGCCCACUACUGGCAGUGUGGAGGACAUGGAGCAGCAGAAGAAGCACGACAGCGACUCAGGAGUCGGCAGCGACAACGGAGACAAGAGGCUGUCCGCCACCGAGCCAUCAGAUGAAGACAGUCUCAGUCUCAACGUGCCAAUGAGCAACAUCACAGAGGAGGACGGAAUCAGCAAGGACGACUCCAGCGAACACAUCAGCUCCCUGACAGCAGAUCCAAACUCCGACUCAGUGCGUCUGAUUGAGGAGAGCCCUACGGAAGCCCUGAAGGACCCAUUUGGCUACAGAGACUCGGCUCUCAGCUCACGCUUCAUCGACUACAUCAAGGGUCGGACGGCAGCAGACUUCAGCGAGCCUCUCAGGAUAGAAGAAGACUCCCACUGGCAGACUGACCAAACGUCAAAGGAUUCAGGGAGCAGAGAGCUCCACAUCGACAUGAUAAACCAGCUGAAAGCGGCCGUGGAGCUGCUGCAGGACCCCAGCAGAGUGAACACGGAGCAGGACGACCUGUCUGGAGUCCAGCUCUACCCAGUGGAGAUGGUCACGGUGGAAGAGUCAUUCAAUGGGCAGGACAGCGAUGAUGGCGCCACAACACCAAAGCAGCACAUGGAGGAGAGAGGAUAUGAGUUCCAGAAGAAGAGACAGAUGAUUCUAGAGAAGGCCAGGUUUGAGGCCCAGCUUGCAUGCCGGGAGUAUGAAUGGCGUAUGUCGGUCAAGCGAGAUGACAGAUUUCCAGCUAGCGGACCUCCAUCCUUCUCCAGCCCGCCGUUCGGACUGAAGCCUCGUUCAGCUUCACUGCCGUGUUCCCCCCCUUCUUCCUGUCUAGACCACUCCCUCCUCCCACAGGCCUCGCCCCUCCAUAGAGAUACACAUGGUAGCCAUGACGACGGAGGCAUGCACAGCCGCGUUUUCCUGCGGAGCCACAAGAGUCUGGAGUCGGUGGAUCCUCAGUUCACAAUGAGACGGAAAAUGGAGCAGCUGCGAGAAGAGCUGGAGCUCAUGGAGCAGCUAAGAGACAGCAUCGAAAGCAGACUGAAAGUUGUCCUUCCUGAAGACCUCGGCUCGUCUCUGAUGGAUGGCGUUGUGCUCUGCCAUCUGGCCAAUCAAAUUCGGCCGCGCUGCGUCACCAGCAUCCAUGUCCCUUCACCUGCAGUGCCCAAACUCAGCAUGGCCAAGUGUCGGAGAAAUGUAGAAAACUUCUUGGAUGCCUGCAGAAAAAUCGGCGUGGCAGAGUCCUCCCUUUGUACGCCCUAUGACAUCAUCCAGUGCCGCCUGCAGCCAGUCUGCGCCACAGUUCGGGCACUGGUUGCCUUGGAUACAGCCUCUCUGGACAGGAAGCAGGACGAGGCGAUUUCUACCCCAAGCCCCGCCUCCUGCAGGGCAUCAGAGACUCGCUCAUUGGUUUCUGUUACAACUCAAACUCCGCCUCCUGCUUGGCAGAUCUGGGAUGUCAUUGGCUCCAGCCUGGUUCACAUCCUCUGCCUAGUUCUGCUGUUCAUGGCUUAUAGUUGGAUCGAGUUGACGUAACCUUCUGCCUAGGCUCCUCCUCCUCAUUUUUGUUGCAUUUAAGUCACAUGGGACAAAUAAGACUCAGAAUGAACCACGAAAUGGAUGUAAUCAGUCUGUCUGGCUCUAUUUGUGCUGAGCGUGGUGUUAAAGUAGAAGGUAUACAUCACUCUGUGGUCCUGAAAAGGUUUUUAAAAUCUUAAUGAGUAAUGAAAAAUCUGCGUGUGAGGUGAUCUGAGCAUAGACCGCAUGAGGACACGUGACUGGUAUAAAUGAACCCUUCCUUCAACAUGUCCAUGAUCUAAGCAACUUCCCUGUCACAUGUGACGCAAAUGCAGCAUCAACAUGAGCCGAUGCCUCGCUCCUCGCCCUCUAUCUUUGUGUCUUUGCAACAAACUGAGUCUUAGAGAAGUAGGACAAGUGGACUUAAUUCUUCUGAUGUCUUCUACAGACGUUGUCCUACAGAGAUAAUCACAUUUGUGGAGGUUCCAGGCUUAAAACAUCAAAUUCUUUUUUGUUGCUCCUGUUUAACAAAAACACUGACUGCCAUCUGAGAGAAUGAAAAUGCCAGUGUUUACAUCUUUUUCCUGAUAAAAACAGACUUCUAAUUGUUUCUGCGUUUUUACGCUCAUGCUGUUCAUAGUGGACAGUAAAGCACAGAGAAGGCAGGCGUUCGUGUUUGCUUUACUUGGCUCAAAUCUUCCAGCUUCAACCCUACACCAGUUUCUUUGCUACCAGACUUCCAGUUUUUCAUGUUAUCUUUAAGGUUUCAUGUCAGCAUAAUGCAACAUUUAAUAUUCUAAUAAUAUUGGGAAAAAGUUGUAGUUAAUUAAGAUUUUGAAACUUUGAGUUUUAUGGGUGUCAUUUUAAGUAUAAACCCCAGUUCAUGAAAAGUUUUGAAUAUUUUUUAAAAUGCAGUGAAAAGUUCAAUCUUGGAUUUGUUUGAACCUUCAUUUGACAGACCCAAGUCUAAAGAAGGAUUUUUUAUUGCCUCCUCUGACCAAAUUCAUAGACUUUUAAUGGUUCGGGAACUGAGGAUUGUAAUUGUAGCAGAUUUCCAGAAGAAUUUCUGUCCAUUCUUGUUGAAUCCAAGAUUUCAGCGACAACAUUCUGCUCUUUAUGAUGCUCCAUACAUUUUGUAUAGGAGGCAGAUGCAGACUGCAUGCAGGACAGUCCAGCACACACACACUGUGUGCAUGAACCCACACUGUUGGAAGUCAUGUAGAACAAAGUCUGUCACUGUCCUUCUGAAAUAAGCACAUCUAUGAUGCUGGCAUCCAACUCUGCAUCAGUGUUACCUUCACACAUAUGAAGUCAUCCAAGCCACCGACACUGAUGCACUCUCAUACGCCAGUUUCUCUGAUACCAGCCUGGAUGUAGACGCAGAGGUCAGUUUUUCCUAAAAGAUGCUGAAACAUGAACUCAGUUGACCACAGAGCACCUGUCCACUGUCUCUCUAUCCAUCCUUCUAAGAUGGGCUGGUGUCCAGAGCUGAUAUAUGACUCCCUCCUUGUGUAAUACAGUGUGAGGUUAGCUUUUGUUAGAUGUCUCUUUUACACCUAAUCAUGACACCCUCACCCAGCAAGAAUUAAUCUGCUGAUUAAAAAAUCUCCUAGAACCCUGUUUCUGUAUAUUUCAUAAACGUUCCUGCUUCCCAGGGUUUGUUGCUAACAUCACAUUCUAGGUUUGUUUAUAUCUUCUACAGUGAAGCUGGUCAGUGAAGAUCAUUACUUUGUGUUUGUUUAAGGUUCAAACAAAUAAGCAAAGGCCAGAUUUAAAGUUUUUAUUACAUUUGAUAAAAUUUCCAAGCUUUUCUUAGAGUGCCGAUCAUCGUACCCAUGGUGCCAUGCCGGUAUAGUUGGGAGCUUUGAUUUUAUGUUAUCUAAUCAUCAAAACCAUCUUUGCUGACUGCAUGUCUCAACCAUGGACUGUACACCGAGCAGCUGUAGCCAUGGCGACGUCACACAUUUGUUUGUGAACUGCUGUAAAGAAGUCUGUAAUUAUGAUUUUAACAUCUCUGUGUUUUUAGAGCCAGAAGUGAUCAUAUUUGGAGAAAAUGAUGGAGCUGGAGAAUUAUUGUUGAUUGAACAAAAAUAUGCAUCAUCUAGGGCUAAUAGUUGUUUAUUUAUGGUUUUAUAUUCAAAGGACCACCAGCACAAUGACCAGAAGUGUUUUGGUUAAUGAGACCGCGAUAGUUUCAGGCAGUCUGUUGGAGUUGGAAAUGUUUUAGUCUCUAGUGGCCAAAGGCGGUAUUGCAUGUAAACAUUCUCAGUCUUCUCUUCUGAGUGACUGCGUGUACCUUUUACAUAAACUGCUCUGCAUCAGCAUUGCUUUACUGAACAGAUACUGCAGCUCCGAGCCAACAACUCAUCUGAGGAGCUCCUGAGCACCCGGAGCCCUCCCAUGAAAAGUCACAGUUUAAACAUCAGGCGGUUCCUGCACAUUUAAGCUCUCCGUCUGAGCCUGAUGAAAGCUGAAGCACAUGUUUCCUGCAUGGAGACGACCAUCACUGGAGAGCGGCACAAGCAGUGUGUUGUAUUCUGUGUGAUUUAAGCCAUGUCUCACUCGAUGUUGAUUAUUUAAAAUCAUCUGGGUGUGUUUUAGUAUUUUUAUUUGAUUUAGAAAAUAUGUUUGAGUAUGAAUCUUAUGGGAAAAAUGUGUUAUUUUUUCAACUUUUAGUUUCCAUUCUGCUUCUUCCUGAUAUGCAAUCUGACUUGUGAGAAUAACUGAAGGGCUACAGAAACUAGAUGAGUUCAUUAAGUUAAAUAUUUGUACAGAGUGCUGUUUUUGUAAUGUUAAAGGGAAUGAAAAGCUAAAAGGAGGGGGGAUGCUUGUAAAAAUGCAACAUGUCAGCUGUUGGAUGAAUUCACAGAAAUCAGUUGUUUCUUUUUUACAUUUUAUUUUCUGGAAACAGAAAAUAUCUGCAGCUGAGAAACACCAUCAGCCUUUGGAAAAUGUUGACUCCUGUUAAAAUCUGCUUCAGUUUGCUGUUUUUUCUUUUUUUCCUGUGAAAUGAUCCAAACAGAAAAAUGUUGGUUGAUUCGUCUGCUUCCUUUCCAGCCAACACAGAGAACCCGUGUUCUGGCUCUUAAAGUCACGCUAACUUGUGACAAAAUUGCAGUUAAAUCUGACACCACCGAGAUUGCUUGUGCACUGAAUCCAUGUUUACGUGGAGACAACCAGUUGUUUUCUGAUCCAAACAGGAUCUGUGUUGGUUGGCGGGAAGUAACUGAAUUCCUGAUAGAGAGAUUUUUUAAGGACUUGUAUGUGUAAUACAUGUCAAAUAGUUGAAAACAAAGGUAAUAAACACAGUUUAGGGAUG